AUGGAAUUGGAAGCUUUAUACAGACGUUAUUGUAUUCGACUGAAGCAUGCAUUAUUCAUAUCAUGUUUAACUGUUGCAUUUCUUAGUUCAACAGCUGUAUUAAUAAGCACGUGUAUACUUCAUAUAAAUGAAUUACCAGAAAAAAUGUUUCCCACAUUAACAUUAGCCGUUAUAGUAUUUAUUAUAAGUGUAGUAUUAUUUGCAACACAAUUUCCAAUUUUUCUGGAAUCAGAAAUAUUUGCGUUAAUUGCAUCCUUAAUAUUAACAAUAACAUUUGCAUCUGGAACAUUUGUACUGGGUAAACACAAUGCGACAAUACCAAUAUUUGCGUUAAUUUUGGCUGUACAUACAAUGAUGCCAAUAUCACGUCUUAUAUCAAUAGUAAUGGCGAGCUCUUUGACAAUAUUACACAUUGGAUUGGGAUUAUUUCUACGUUAUUAUGAAACAGAAGAUAAAGCAAGACCGUUCUAUGGUCAGUUGGUUGCAGAAGCACUGCUAUUAUUAUGUGGAAAUGGCGCUGGAUUAUAUUAUCGACGAUUAACAGAACGUGCACAUAGGCGAACAUUUGUUGGAACUCGAGUAUGUAUUGAAUCUCGAGUUAAACUUGAAUGUGAACGAGAACAACAAGAACAACUACUGCUUAGUGUAAUACCGGCUUAUAUUGCAGCAGAGGUGAAACGAAGUAUAAUGUUAAAAAUGGCAGAUGCAUGCAAUCAAGAUAUUGGGAACAAGCAAACACGUUUUCAUGAUAUGUAUGUACAACGGCAUAAUAAUGUGAGCAUUUUAUAUGCAGAUAUUGUAAAUUUUACUCCAUUAUCAGAACAAUUAUCUGCAUCAGAUUUAGUGAAAACAUUGAACGAAUUAUUUGGAAGAUUUGAUCAUCUCGCCCAAGAGAAUCAAUGUAUGCGUAUUAAAAUAUUAGGAGAUUGUUAUUAUUGUGUAAGUGGUUUACCAGUAUCUCGACCAAAUCAUGCAUACAAUUGUGUUAAUAUGGGCUUACAAAUGAUUGAUGCAAUAAGGUUUAUUCGUGAAGCAACCGGUUUCAAUGUCGAUAUGAGAAUUGGCAUUCAUACGGGCAAUGUACUUUGUGGUGUUUUAGGACUGCGCAAAUGGCAGUUUGAUGUAUGGAGUGAUGAUGUUACUUUAGCUAAUCAUAUGGAGUCCGGUGGUAUAGCAGGGAGGGUUCAUAUAACCAAAGCAACUUUAAUGCAAUUGAAUGAUCAAUUUGCGGUAGAACCAGGAAAUGGAGCAAGUAGAGAUGGCUAUUUAGCCGAUCAUAAAAUAGAAACAUUUCUAAUUAUUCCAAAUAGAGCCAUCAAUAAAGAGCAUGGCAGUAGUUCCACCAUAGGAAAAGGAUCUCUUUCACACGAAGAAAACGGAGUAUCUGAUCACAAUUCGACAAAUUCAAUAAAACCUCAAAGACUCUCAAUUGAUUAUUCCGGGAAUUUACCACUUGGUCCAGUACCAACUAGAUCUCGACCCUCAAGUAAAAUGACCAAAUAUGUUGAAUGUUGGGGAGCUGAUAAGCCAUUUGCAAAUAUAACUGAAACAACAUUAGCAAAAAAUAUUGGAUUGACGAGUUUAGCAAUGAUUGAAUCGAAUUUACUACCUAAUAAUAGUUCGUGUUUUGAUUGUACAAGGAAUCGUUGUUAUAAUGAAGAUAUGAAUCCAGUUUUACUAUGGUUUAACGAUUCAAAACAAGAGGAAGCAUAUGAAGCAUAUAGAACUCAAUAUGAUAAUGAUUACAGAUAUUAUGUGACAUGUGCAACAAUUCUGGUCAUAUUCAUGGCAUUGAUUCAAUUGAUCACCAUACCAGGUGGUUUCGUAUUAUAUGGAACAUUUGGUCCAGUAGUAAUGGCUUUAUCAAUAUUUGUGUAUUUAUGUUGGCUAGAAGGCAUUCGAUCAAAUCGCCAUCAAGAUUCCGGUACACCAAUUCCAAAGGAUGCCGAUUUUGAAAUGACAACAUAUUAUUCCACGAAAGAUCAUCUUAUUUCAAAUAAUAGAUGUUUAAGAAUUGCGGUUUUCUUAAUAUGUGUAUUUUUGACAUCAAUAAGUGCUGUUAUUACAUUGGUAAUAAUUGAGCCAUUGGAUAAUAUAAACAUCACAGCAAAUCAAACACAAGAAUUUGAAAUUUAUGAUAAUUUUACAAAUUCACGUCUUGUAGAAUCUGCACCAAGUUAUUUGUACAGUUCUGCAUUGAGUCUAACAGUGAUUUCAAUAUUUUUACGCAUUGGAUUUUUAUUAAAAUUUUUAUUAAUGGUCACAUCAGCUGCAGUACAUGUUUACUUGUUCAGUAGAUAUAAACUAUUUCAACUAUAUCACGAUACUCAUGAUGACGAAUUAUCAACUCUUCCAUUUGAAUUGAAAAGUGCACUAAUUUUGUCCAUAGUGGUAAUACUGUUACACAUUUUGGAUCGUCAAAUUGAAUUCACAUCGAGAACUGAUUUUCUGUGGCAAGCCAAAUUAAAAAUUGAACAAGAGGAAGUUGAAACAAUGCGUGGAAUAAAUAAAAUCUUAUUAGAAAAUAUAUUACCAGCACAUGUGGCAGAACAUUUCUUAUCUAGAAAAAUGACCGAAGGUUUAUAUCAUGAACGAUAUUCGUGUAUUGGUGUUAUGUUUGCAUCGAUCCCAAAUUACCAUGAGUUUUAUGAUGAAACAGAUGUGAACAAACAAGGAUUGGAAUGUUUACGGUUACUAAAUGAAAUCAUUUGUGAUUUUGAUAAAUUAUUACUAAAACCCAAAUUCAGUUGUAUUGAAAAGAUUAAAACAAUUGGUAGUACAUACAUGCUUGCUUCAGGAUUAAGACCUGGUAUUGAAGACAGCACAUCAAAAGAUGCCAUACGAAAAAAAGAACAUAUUGUUGUUGUACUUAUGGAUUUUGCUGUUGCGCUAAUGGCAGUAUUAGAUCAAAUAAAUCGUGAAUCAUUUCAACGGUUUAAAUUACGAAUUGGGCUUAAUCAUGGUCCUGUAAUUGCUGGUGUUGUGGGGGCUCAAAAACCACAGUACGAUAUAUGGGGCAAUACAGUAAAUGUUGCCAGUCGCAUGGAUUCUUGUGGACUUAUUAAUCAUGUUCAGGUGACAGAAGAAACUGCAAAAAUUUUGAUGGCUGCAAACUAUCAAUGUGAAAGUCGAGGUCCUACGUAUAUUAAAGGCAAAGGCACAUUAAAUACAUAUUUUGUGAAAACUGAUUCUGAGAAAUAA